GAUCCCGGAACAGAUCAUUAAUUGCUCUGACACUAGGCUGGGUAGAUAUUGAACGCUUCUGUGAUGCUAUCUAGUCAACCGUAGUUUUGCGGUAAAAUGAGGAUUUUCGUCAUGUGUAUCUCAUAGAUGACUACAAGGACUGACCAAGAAAAUAAUCAUAACACAUUCAGAAGCAUAUUUGGUCAAUGGCAGAAGAUAAUGACAGUAUUGAUCUUGGGUCCACCAUGGACCCCCUAGUGCCUGUUAGUGGGUUCCCUGGCCCUCCUCCCCCUAUCUACACCUGCACCCUGACCCCAGAGCUGGUGGCCAAGGCCAGGGAGGAGCUCCAGGAGAAGCCAGAGUGGCGUCUUCGGGAUGCCCAGGCGCUGAGAGACAUGAUCCUGAAAGAGCAGCCUAACCUCAGGACCCGGCUGGAUGAUGCCUUCCUUCUGCGAUUCCUCCGAGCCAGGAAGUUUGACUACGACCGUGCCCUGCAGCUGUUGCUCAAUUACCAUGGGGGCAGGAAGGCCUGGCCGGAGGUGUUCCAAGACCUUAAGCCCUCCACUGUGAAACAUGUCCUGGACCUGGGCUUCCUCUCAGUCCUGCCCCAUCCAGACCCCAGUGGGCGCUACAUCCUCUGUCUACGACCUGGAAAAUGGAAACCAAACGACUAUCCGUUUGUUGACAACAUACGAGCCAUCUACCUGACUCUGGAGAAGUUGAUUCAGCCUGAGGAAACCCAGGUCAAUGGGAUAGUCAUCCUCGCAGACUACACUGGGGUAGGAUUGUCUCAAGCAUCGAAUCCAGGCCCUUUCCUGGCUAAGAAAGUUGUGAGCAUUCUCCAGGAUGGAUUCCCUAUUAGAAUCAAAGCUGUCAACAUAAUUAACGAGCCUCGGAUAUUCAAAGGGAUCUUUGCCAUCAUCAAGCCUUUCCUGAAAGAGAAGAUGGCAGAGAGGUAUGUGCUCCAUGGGUCCGACCUGCGUUCCCUACACCGUAACAUCCCCCGGUCGGUCCUGCCAGAAGAGUAUGGUGGCGUGGCGGGCCAGCUAGACAUGUCCUCCUGGUCAAAGACGCUUCUGGACUCAGAGGAGGAAUUCCUAGUGGAGUUCUGCCAGCCAGAUCCACUGGAGGGCGUAGUGCUACCAGAGUCCAUGCUGUUUGAAGGGGACCAGGCGAGCGGUCAGGAUGACGACUCCUUCAGGGGCCUCCGUUCUCAGCUCUAUUAUUGCUACUGAGAGCGAGCGAGCGCGAGAGAAAGAGGGAGAGGGGAGGAGAGAGGAGAGAGGAGAGAGGAGAGAGAUGGCACUGGCAAUACUGGUGCUACUGGGAGGACAUUACUGACUGGCAAUGCUGCUGCUACUGAGAGGACAUUACUGUUUGCUUUGUAACAUGUAGACUUAAUCAUGUUUUAAUGAGGCAGUGUUAUGUUCUAAAAGUGCUACAGGUCAAAGAGCAAAAUAGUGCUCUCUGCAUUCUUUUUACCCUGCACACCAUUAUCAUUGGCAGCUUCAGACUCUUAAAGUUUUUUUUUGUGUGUGCAGAUGCAUGUUUACACAUUGGUUGGGAUCCAAAUCGAUUUUAAAUGUGUAUGCUUAUCAAGGUAAUUAAUCCACGUUCAAGAAAACACAAUUUCCUCAUGGAAAAUCCCUGAGUGUCACGCCAAUCUUAAUCUAGUGAGAAUGUGCAUGCCCCAGCCAUUCCUAGACCAGCUCUGCAUGGUCACAGAGUUCUGCACCUCGAUAGUUUCCAAUACUGUUAUAAUCUAAACUCCACUAAUGCUUUGCCUUAAUCUAAAAAAAAUAGAUUAGAAGGGGGUUCUCUACCAAAGCAAUAUUUAUGUGCAUUAUCAUUAUUUUACACUGUCUUGAAUUCACUGAUGCUGUAUCUUAUUAUUUUGUACUGUUUUAUGUCCUGCCUUAUGUUUUCUUUUCCUCAAAAUGACAAUAGAGUGAAACUGGUGUCAUUGCAUUCCUAUGUUAGAAUGGGAAAGUAGUGUUUUUCAAUUAAAUGGAUAUAUGUCCAGUGUCCGCCUAUACAUGCCAAAAUAAGACUAACAACAGCCAUUUACAAAUUUGGUUCUAGGGUGCCAAUGUUGUACUGAGAAUAGUCUAUAUAUUUUUUUCUAAUACAUCAGGUCAAAUUGUGUUGUAUUUUUAUUUGUUUGCUAUCCAUUUCGUUCAACAAUUAAGCCAAACCUGCACUUGUUCAUGUUUUAAGUAUGCACUCUGCAGUGCUGUUUUGCAGAGGAGAUUCUAAUAAUAAACCCAAUUUC